GUACAUUUUUCAUCAAUAAAUUAUCGAUUUUAGCCAAAAAGACUUUCUAUUUGUGUUCAAAUUAUGUAUCGUCAAAUUUUCAAAUUUCCUUACACAAUAUUAGCCUUAUGCAAUUGGGUGUUCCAUCCCGUGAUUAUCGAAUCAACGAUUGUCUUCUUCAUUCGACCAUACAAUUGAUACAAUUUGGUUUUGCCAAAUCUCAGAAUUUGAUAACAUUCCAGGUGGAUGGAUUUGCUAUCAAAGUUUUGAAAUCACAAACUUCUAUUGUGAGCACAACUGAUGAAAAUGAUGGAGGCAGUAAAAAAUCCUGUUUAUUUCAAUGUUCAUUUCCAUUUCGGUUUGUUUAUUCUCCCGGUGAUCAAUCAGCCGAAAUGCUCAUAUCCUCAUGCGAGAUUAUUGUAUAUGACCUAUUAAAAUUGGCGAAAAUGGCACCGAAACGAAUGAAUCGUAUUGAAAUGGGAAGCUUAUCAAAGGCUAAGAUUCUUGAAAAGCUGAUGAUAACCUUUCAUACAAUCCUAAAAGGAUCAUUAUUUAAAAAUGCUUCAUUUAAACUUAAUUCGGCAACAGUGAAAUUGGUACGAGAAUCCGGGAAAAAAGAUCUAACAUUCUCGGUUGAACCUAUUGAAUUAUCAGUGAAUAAAUUAGAUGAUUAUCGAUUAGAAUUCAAUCUAUCGAUAGCCAAUUGUAUUGUACAGGAUUCUGAAUCAAUCGUUGAUUUCUCGUUGAACAAAUGUAAAACAGUAUGCACGAUUGAAAGGGAUAAACUAACGGACAAGCUAUAUAUUCAAUUAUUUUUGGAAAUCCACAAUUGUUCAUUUAUUAUCAACAUAGAUUAUUUGAUAAAUUAUUGGUUUCAACACUAUUUCGUUCAAUCAUCCCCAAAUGAUCAAAAUGGAAAAAUCAAUAGCCCUGUUGGAGAAUUAAGUCAUGAAGAAGUAGCAGCCAAAUAUAUUAAUAAAUUUCUCUUUCUUAUGGUCAUUCAUGAUAUAUCAUUAUCAUUAAAACAUUCAGAAAAUUUCGGCAUGGUUACUUAUGGCCUUAAACAUCUUAAAAUUACUUGUGUUCGAAAUGUAAAUCUUUUUCGUGAAACAUGUGUCGAAUUGUUGUUGGAAACAUUCUGGUGUUGGAAUGGAAACAUUCAACUUAAACCAUUGAACCCGAAUUCAUUGAAAAAAUAUAAUGAAAAACAUGUUCCAUUAUUCAUGUCAACAUUGUUGCUCAAAUUCAGUAACAUGAAUUCAUCAGAUCUUCGGAUCAAUUGUGUUAUGGAUGGUCUACAGGUUAGCCUCGAAUAUUAUCUGAAUACAUUGGAAACGUUCAACCUAGAAUCUUUGAAGAAUACAAUUUCGAUAAAAGAUGGUAGUAUUUCAUCAACUUCUUCCAACCCUUUCCAUUCACCAUAUGUCCUUUUGGGACAAAUUAAUUUUACAUCGGUCAAUGUAUUCACAAGACAAUUGAUGAUGCGAAUCGAUUCUAUGGCAUGUGAUUUAAAUGGAGUUAAAAUAACAACCAGUAUCAAUGGAUUCGGUAUAAAUUCUAUGUAUGCCCCUUCUGCAACGUUAGCUUGUUUGAAAGCAUCAGAAUUGAUUCAACAUAGAAUCGUUUAUUUUUCUGUUAUGCGAAUCAAUUUUAGUCAAGAUAAUGGUCAUGAUAUUGCUCUUAGUUUAACGGAAGAAAUAUUCAUUCAAUGGUGUCCACUGUUUCAUGUAAAUGUUCUUGAACUUUGGGAAGAUUUUCAUCAUAUUUAUUUGAAUUUCAAGCCGGAUAUUCAAUCGCAUUCUUCACCUGUAAUAGCAAACAAUGGCGAUGAUCUAUCGAUCGAUGCAAAACCAUAUAGUCUCAGUUUAAAAUUGGAUGGAAAAAUUUGUCUCGGUAUUCUUUUAUCAGAUGAUAGUGAUACGAUGCGUUUUGAAACUGAUUAUUUUACUAUCGCAUAUCAAAGCCAAAAUCAAUCGAUGACAACCAAAUGUGAAUUGCUCAAUAUUUUUAUCAACGAUGUGCUCAAUUGUAAAUUGGAACACCUUCUAAUCGGUCAUUUACCAGCAGCUAAAAGCUAUCUGGAUCGUCGAUCAUUCAAACUAACUAAAAAGGAACAAAAUGAUGCAAUUGAAAUCAUUGUCGACAAAGUCACUUUGAAAUUUCCUUAUCAAUUUAAUUUCGCUUAUUAUUUUAAUGAAAAAUUUCUCACAAUUAUUAAAUGGUUGCGAUUAUUUCAUUCAAAACCGAAACAAACUCAGCCAGAAUCUCCUUCAAUUGAUCAAGAUUCGUUAUUAUCACCGGAUUUUAUCAUAAAAAUUCAAUCCAUACUGAUGGAAUUGGAUGAUGAUCCAUUUGAAAUACGAUUAAAUAAUAACUAUGAAUUGAUGGAAGAUGAAUAUAAUGAAAGUCUCAAACGAUGGAAUAUUUUGAUGGAAAAAAUUAAUGAAAAAAGUGGUGGCCGUAAUAAUCCAUCUUUGUAUUUGACGGAUGAUUUAUGUCGUGCAUUUGAUCGGCAAAAUGCAAAAACCUAUGUCGAACGUUCGAAAAAAAUGUAUGAUGCAAAUCAAACCGUACAACGAACACAAUUAUUUACAGUUAAAAUGGAAAAUUUUCAAUUACAUCUUAUAGCAGAUUCAUCGUAUGAUACGUAUGAGAAAAAAAUUCGACUACUUAAACAAAUUGAUUUUCAUAGCCCGAUUCCGGAAGAUCUUCGUUUUUCCACAAUUUGGUGUCGACAAUUAUUCGCCAGUAUUGGUGUUUGUAUCAUAUCGUUGCGUGAUUUUCCACAACCAAUGUUGAAUGCAAAAAAAUUAUAUUUUAAAGGCGUAUUACUUGGUGCUGAACAAGAAGCAAGUGCUCGUGCUCGACGUACAUGUGAAAUUGAUAUGGGACCGAAUUUUGCUCGAUUUAAAAUUGAACGUUCGAUGACGACAAUGAAGUUCUAUCAUGAUAUCAUCAGUAAUAUUUCGAGUUUGAUAUACACACAUGGUGCAUGCUGGGAACCGAUUUUGCAACAGGUGAAUCUGUCAUUUGAACUUAUUUUUCGUCCUUCAAAUGAUCCAAGUCCAAGUUUAACAUGGUGGGAUAAACUUCGAUUUCUAUUUCAUGGUUCAUUAAAAAUGAACAGUAAACAAAUAUCGAUCGUAUUCCAUGCAUCAUUAGAUCCAUAUAACUCAACAGAAUUGAUUGAAUUUUCAUUUGUUAAUUCAACAACUCAAAUCGAUAAUGGUCGGAUUCAGAUUCUAUGCGAUUUAGAUGUAUUUGUACAUGCGGCAUCGAAAUAUGAUGAAUGUCGAAUUAUUCAUUUGCCCGAUGUGACCAUUACAUUUAAUUUGAAUUGGGAUUGUAGUGGUAAUAAAAAUGAUCAUCAUUCAGUAAUGCCAUGUGCACAAGAUAAAUUGCCCGAAUAUACAUGUAAUCAAGUACAUGAUUCAUAUCGUGCAUUUCGAUCGCAUCAUCUAAAUCUUUCGGCAUCGAUUGAAACAAAAGAUAAUCCUAAUUCGAAUGAUGAUCAAAUGGAUCCGACAUCCGACCGUAUACCAUGCAUAUUAAUCUAUAAUUCUACACUAAGAUGGUUGGAAAAUAAAAAAUUUAUGAUAACGGGUUUUCCGCGAUUAACGAGACGAGGAAAAUUGUACAAGAAUACUCGGCCAAGAAAAAUGCCAUUCACAAGGCUAUUCAAAUCGAUUCGAUUAACUAUUUAUCUUCAAAAAUUAGAGGUUACAUAUUGGUCAUCAUUUAAUCGAAAUCGUGGAUUCAAAAUUCAGAGCUCAAAUUUGUCACAUAGUGCGCAACAUGGGCAAACAUUUAUUAAAAUUAAUGAUAAUCUUAUUCAUAGGCCAAAACCAUUAUGGGAAACCAUGUAUAUGAAUUCAGAAUUAUCUCACGUUGAUAUUGAAUUAUAUAAAGCGCAAGGAUCGGGAUCUGUUUCCUUAUUAAAUGUACAAAAAGUAACAUAUAAUCGUGAAACAAAAUUACCACAAACCGUUCAAAUUGAAGAUGGUCCCAGUCCUACACAUCGUGUGGUCGUUCAUGAUCUGAAAGGUGCAUGGACCAAAGAUAAUCGAGACAUUGUUAUUAGUUUGUUUGAUUCGUAUUUUAAAACCUUGCUACUCAAACGUAAUCUUUCGACUGAAGCACUUCGUUUAUUCAAAGAUCAAUUGAAUGGUACACCUUCGAAAAAUUCUAGUCAUUCUGAUUAUCAUCAUUCACAUCACCACCAUCAUCAACAAAACCAUCAGCAAUCUAGUCCUUAUGUUUUAUCAAAAGGAAAUGCGGCAAAUAUGUUGCAGAAAUUAAUUUCUGAAAGUGAAUCAUGUGAAAACAUUGUUGAUACCGAGCAAAUCGAGAAAGGCAUUAAUGAUCGACAACAAUUGUAUGGUAUUGAAGCAUGUCAAGGUGAUGAUGUUCUUCUCGACAAUUGGCUUAUUGAACUGGUUAAUUCACAAGUUGUUUUACGGGGUUGUGAAACCGAUGGCUAUGUUAUUGUAAGCGCUGCUAAAGCACAAAUUAUGCAACGGAUACAUAGGCCGGUAUGGAAAAAUCGUAUUCUCUAUUCGAAAACCACAUGGCAAGGAUCAUUAGAAUGUAUGCAAUAUUAUGCAACAGUCGAUGCGGGUGGACUUAAAAUCUAUCAGAUUACUUGGCUAGAUUUGAAUGAUAUUGAAGAACCUGUCGAUAAAGAAAUUGCAGAAAUUCCCGACUUAGUUGGUAGUGGCCGUAGUGUUGGUGGUGUUGUCAAUUCCGAAGCAGGUGGAUCUACUUGUACUGAAUCAAUCAAUACAGUACCUAUUCAGUUACAACGAAUUGUAUCCAGAUGUCAAUGUAAAUUUUUCUAUGCAAGUUAUGGAGAGAACACCGAUCCGAAUAAUUAUGAAGCUGUGCCGCCAUUACCACAAGAUGAUGAUCUCUUACCGCUCGAACCAUGGGAUCGCGAAGUAGCUGUUGAUACAUUCACAAUAACCCAUGAUAAUCUCGAAAUAUUCACGAAUUCUCAACAGUAUGCAAUGAUAAUGGAUCUAGUCAACAACUUGUUAUUGUAUGUAGAACCACAUAAGAAAGAAAUUUUUGAAAAACAGCAACGAAUCCGAUUUAGUAUGCAAUUAAAUUCAUUGGAAGAACAGCGUGAACCAAUAUCCGAACUGCAAGAAAAAGUUCGUUCCUUAUUGAACAAGAUAAAGUUACUGGAAAAAGAAAGCUUUAUUCUUUACAAGAAAAUCAAUCAGUCACAACAUCAUCAUCAAGACGAUUGGAUUGAAUUCCAGGAAAUCGAAGCUGAAUUAGAAAAAUGUAAACGCGAAUUGAAUGUUGAAAGUGAGAAUCUAAGCAUAAUGAUCAAUUGCUAUAAGGAAGCACAAUUGAUUGCAAUGAAAACCAAAGAAAGACAAGUGGCUGCACAAGAAUCUCGUGUACCAUUCAUGGCGCAAGUAAUUCGUCGCAAUGAAGUCUGUUUUCGACAAGCUCGUUGGCGUUUGACCGAUUCAGACGGACAACUUGGUCUAGCUGAUCUUGAAUUGAAUAAUUUUCUUUACACUAAAGUCAGCAAAAAUGAUGAUUCUGUGGAACAUUCAUUCGAAUUAGGCUAUAUACGAGUACAAAAUAUGAUACCGAAUCAAGCUUAUAGAGAUGUAUUACAACCAACUGAACUUCAACCAAACAUGCCAGUUGAUCGUAAUCGUGCUCUACGAAUUCUUUGUAUUGAACGAGCACCUGUUGGUGGUAUAGCCGUCAAAGAGCAUUUAGAAGUGAAUUUCAUUCCAUUGACUGUUGGUCUCACCUAUGCAUUCUUUAAAAAAAUGUUAAAAUUUUUCUUUCCAGAUCGAAAUUCCGAUACAGUUUCGAUUACAACAACAGCCUCAUCGUCGCAACAGGAUUCGAACGAUACAAUUGUGCCGGAUACAGAUUCAUUAUCGGUAAUAAGUUCAUCGACAUCAAUGUCAUCAUCGAAAACCAAAACAAAGAAAAAUUCUGCUCAUCAUUUGAAACGAGAUGAUAUUGAAAAGAUGCGUGAACGAGCAUCAAAAAAUCAGACAUUUGUCUACAUUAAAAUCCCAGAAGUACCGAUCAAAAUCAGUUACAAAGGUAAUAAGAAUAAAAAUCUUGAAGAUUUGCACGAUUUUAAUUUAUUGAUACCGACAAUUGAAUAUCAUAAUCGAACAUGGACAUGGCUUGAUCUUUUAAUGGCAUUGAAAAGUGAUUCCAAACGAGUUCUUUUAUCACAAGCUUUAAAACAUAAAUUUCAUAUAUCCAAAUCGAAACCGCUUUCUGAACCGGAAAAGAAACCAAGUCAAGUUGCUAAUAAUCAGAAUACAGAAGAUGAGGAUAAAGCACGAAUUUUAUUGGGCAACAUAGUUGUUCCACAGCAGAAAAAUUCUCGUACUAAAUCUCUUUUAUUGUUUGGUGGUAAAAAAUGAGUCAAACAUUUCAUAUGUAUUUUUUUUAAUUAAUU